UGUCAACGAGUUGAACAAAAUUUCUGGUCUCCAUCAUGAGCUUUCCCUUUCGUAUUGUGAACUUUGUGCUGCAGUUGCUAACGGCGUAAUAUAUCCGCCUUUGUCCUUUAGGUGCUGGAGGUGAUUGCCCUGGUCUUUCUCAUCCGAAUCCUAUCCACCCACUGUGUGCGGGGCGAGGAGUACAGGAUAUCGGUUUGGAUGUACACUUUUGUGCUGCCCUUCAUUGCCCUCCAGAGUGUGGUGCUCGUCGCAUUCCGGCUGUGCUGCACCACCGUGGGCCUCGAUCCAAUUGCGAUGACGUUUAACUUCGCCAGCGGCCUCAUCUGCAUAGUAUGCGCCCUCACCCUCGCGGUGGCCAUGAUCGAUCACUGCGGCAACGAGUUCGCAUUCAUGUUCUAUAUUUCGAGCGCCUUUGGCAUAAUUGCGGGGGUCCUGCAUUUGCUGAAUGCCUGCGUGUGCAACGUUUACAUACCCCUUGGCGAAUGGUCGUACUUGAAACCCUCGAAAAGAGCAAGGAGAAAGGCUUUGAAGGGUAAAACCAGGAGCAGAAGCGUAUGAUGUGUACUGGAUAGGAAAAGUUAUCAAAAUUGUCAAAAUUGAAUUGCUUCAAAAAUUU